UUUCGACGAUCGCUUUUCCUUGUUUACUUUAUUUUUUUUGUUUGUUUGUUUGUUUGUUUUCUUUUUUAUUUAGUCCUGUUCUCAUUGUCGUUGUUUUUCCGAGGAUUCACCGAUGUGGGUCAUGGAGGAAAAGGGGCUUUGGGCAUGCACGUUUCUUACGCACGCACGGUGAGAGAUGGAGUUGCUGCCACUUCCUCCUGUGGCUCUGUUUCUUCCGCACUCCCAUUGGUUCUCAACUGCUCACUGCCUCUGGACGAAGCUCUGCAAUUUCUCUCCGUCAUUGUGCGCAUUUCUGAUCAUGGCAUGUCGAGGAUUUUUCAUUCCACGCUGAUGGGUUGGGAACGCAUUUUGGAGGUUCUCUCGCAGAGAAUCGGCUCGGACUUCGAUUGCUGUGGUGGAGAUUGACCUGCAUUGAGCUCGUAUUGCCCUGACCCUUGACUGUCGCCACCAAUUCCGAGAUCAUAUCAAGCUUUCUGGAACAUUGUUAGCAUAAUUGGGUUGAUUCCAGAAAAGGGUUUGAGUAACUGCGAGUUUCAGUUAGUGAAGGAUGUGACGCUCUGGAAGCUUGCUUGUGUUCGUGGCUUCGAGGAGUUUGUAUCGCGACUAAAAUGGUAUGCUGCAAUUAGGUUUCCAUCUUUCUCUGUUUUCAGCAUGUGGCCAAUCUCUGGUGAAACCUCAAUCAUGUAUGGAUGAAGCAACUAUGUGAUUGAGCAAGAUCGGGAACGACUAGACCAGGUCGGUAUUCUGAAGGAGUUCACGGCAUUUGAUUCCGUGGAAGUGUUGUUUUUUCAAGGUUUGGACAUAGAGUAGACAGGAAUCAGGAACCGUGAAGAGUAUGGUACUUUGGGUGUUUGGUUACGGUUCACUUUUAUGGAAAGCAGGUUUCGAUUACGAUGAGAGGUUGGUGGGCUACAUUAAGGGCUAUCGCAGAGUGUUUUAUCAAGCCAACACAGAUCACCGAGGCACAGCUGCAUAUCCUGGACGUGUUGUGACGCUAGAGGCAAUCGAGGGGGCAAUCACAUGGGGUGCUGCAUACCGAGUAUCCGGUGAUGAUAAGGAGGCACUUGUUCUAUCUUAUUUGGAUCUCAGAGAACAAGAAUAUGAUCAAAAAGAGCAUGUCAACUUUUAUACGGCGGAUUGUUUAGAGACACCGACCGUCUGCAAUGUUCUUGUGUAUAUUGGUUCUUCUGACAAGUUUAAGAAUAGGUUCUGGGCGGGACCUGCACCCUUGGACGAGAUGGCAAAACAAAUUGCUCGAGCAGUGGGUCCAUCUGGACCGAAUUAUGAAUACUUAUUUCGUCUGGAAGAGUGUCUGCAUGAACUUGAUUGUGUGGAUGCGGACAUUUGUGAGCUUGCUGAGGCUGUCCGAAAGCAAAUGAAUUCAAGUAAAGGAGUCAAUGUCACAUCUGAGAGGCCUGAAAUAAAUUUAACAACUGAAGUUUAUUCAUGUUUAGAAAAUAACCAUAUGAUACCUGCAACUGAGCAUAGGUAGUGCAGUGUCAUAUUCCAACAUUUACGAAUGUAAAAUUCAAGUGGCAUUCCUGCCAUUUUACAGCUGGAAACACUACUGGAACAAUUCAGUUAUUUCUAGGUCUAUUUCAUUGGAUUAAUUAGAUCGAAUUAGUAGUUUCAAUUUUUUUUCUAAAAUCAUAUAUUUGUAUUAUGCUAGAUUGGCAGUGAAGGUCUACACAAGUUCGAAAAAUUUAACAUUGAUUCAAAACUUGAUGCAGGCACUUGACUGCAAACAUGAAUUCGUAGAUCUUGGCAAAGUCAACCAGCCAGAGCUGAAAUGGUAUAUGUGCUGAAUAUCUGUAAUAUGCAUACUUAAAUUCAGUGGUUUUACGAAUAUUCUUGCAAA